AUAAUCAAUCAAUUAUUUUAUUUUAUCUCCAUUCUUAUGUGACUUAUUCUUUGCAGUUUCUGGAUGAUCUAAUGUAAUUGCAGUUCUUGCAAACUUGUCUUCCAGCUUAUAUCUACAUUAUUAUGUGAUUAUGAAUUUUUCAGGAUGCUUUUUGUUCUGACAAACUUUGAAGUGUAAACUUGAUUCAAAUAGCAAUGAACAACAACAGUUGAACAAUUUGAGAGCCUUAAACUCUCCAAACGAACAAAAACAAGAUUUUCAAAGAUAAAAAACCACAGUACAAAAUGUGUUCAAGUUAUUCUCAAGAAUGUUAUUAAAUAAUUAAGGCCACCAUCAAAUCCUUUUCAAGGAGUUCUCACAUACAAGCUAUGAUAGAAAACUUCUCAAGACAAAUGUUCAGAGGUUCCAGUGGGACAUAUAACGUAUACGCUUUAGAACUGGCUGCCACAACGUUUCGAAAGUUUAAAGGUCUGGAAUUGACUGUACACUUCCUAGACCGUACAGAACAUGUUUUUCAUGUUGACAAACGUUCCAAAGGUUCCGUGCUAUUAGAUCUUGUUUACCACCACCUGGAACUGGUUGAAAAGGAUUAUUUUGGAUUACAAUACCCUGAAGAUAAGUCAGGCACCUCGACUGAAUGUAUGAUUUGGCUGGAUCCGUCGAAAACCUUGAAGAAACAGCUGACAAAUUGUCAGACAAAUCUGUAUUUCCGUGUUAAGUUUUAUGUUUCCGAUCCUAGUAAAUUGCAGCAUGAAUAUACUAGGUAUCAAUUUUAUCUACAAAUUAAGAAAGACAUAUUCGAGGAAAGAUUGCUUGUUCCACCUAGCACUUCCAUCUUGCUAGCAAGUUACAUGGUACAAUCUGAACUGGGAGAUUACUGUCCAGAAGAACAUGAUAAGAACUAUUUAUCGAAUUUGCAACUCAUCCCAGGACAAACUCCUGAAUUGGAAGAAAAUAUAAUGGAACUUCAUAAACUACACAAAGGAAAACUUCCAGCUGUCGCAGAAUUUCAUUUUUUAGAUCAUGCCAAAAAAAUUGAUAUGUAUGGAGUGGAUCUACACAAUGCAUUGGAUAGUACAAAUAAGAGUAUCCAAUUAGGUGUGACACAUAUGGGUCUUGUCAUAUUCAGAAACAAUAUUAAAUUGAACACCUUCUCUUGGUCGAAAAUUAUGAAGAUCUCCUUCAAGAGAAAACAGUUUUUCAUUCAGCUGAGGAGAGAACCUUCCGAAGACUAUGACACUGUUUUAGUCUUCAAUAUGGAGUCGUACAGAUCGGCCAAGAAACUCUGGAAGAGUUGCGUAGAACACCACACAUUCUUCCGUUUGCAUUCGCCCAAGGUGAAACGAAAAUUCCCCUUUUCGUUGGGGUCGAAAUUCUCGUAUUCUGGAAGGACGGAAAUCCAGACAGUUAUUGACGUGCAACAGAGGGGAAAGAUCGAACAUAAGUUUGUGAGGUCCCCCAGUCGACAAAUAGUAAAGCACAUAAUUUCUACGGGACCGUCGAUGGAAGAGAAGACAAAAACGUUUUUAACUCCCAACAGAUCAACCAGAUCUUACGAUAAUAAGGUCACCUCUUUAGGAUCAAAGGGGCCCAGAAAAGCUUGGGGCGCCGAAUCGCAAAUUUCGAGCGAAGAUGGGGAUAAUUUGGAAAAGCCCAUUGAUGCUCCAUUUUCGCCUGGCAAGAUCCUCAGCUAUGCGGAUGAUGAUAUACCUUCCCCAGUGUCAAAUGGACUGUAUGACACCCCUCCGUACAGUGCUAGUCAUUCACCAGUGUCUCAGAUGGUCGAAGAACCAUCCGUUAGUAUAACACUAUUUCCUGACGCAGAAGGAAAAUAUGGAUUCAAUGUGAAAGGUGGGGUCACGCAAAGUCUUCCAAUUGUAGUUAUGAGGGUAGCCCCAAACACCCCUGCCGACACUUGUACACCGAGACUAUCGGAGGGGGAUCAAAUUUUACAGAUCAACGGCAAAGAUAUGUCCACUGCCUCGUACGAAGAAGCUGUUAAACUUAUCCAAGAAGCCAGGACUACGAAUGACGGGAAACUCGUUCUGCAAGUGAAGCCAAACGUCAUUUACAGCGGUCUAGACGAUUACGAAGAACCGCCCUAUCAGUAUGUGCCGUUGGGAGAUGUACAAACCGUCCAAUCAGGAAACGUCCUGGAACAGAGCAUGUUGCUACUCGCUGACGGACUAGCGAGCGGCGCUGUGGUGGUGAGAUUCGAAACGCUCUAUAGGAAGCACCCGGAUAUGACUUGCGAUGAGGCCUUGAAACCAAAGAAUAUAAAUAAAAACAGAUACAGGGAUAUAUCCCCAUACGAUACAACCAGGGUGAUCCUCAAAAACGACAUCAACGGGGACUACAUCAACGCAAACUAUGUAAAUAUGACCAUCAAUGGUACCGAAAUGGUGAACAGGUACAUCGCAACUCAAGGUCCCCUCCAAUCCACAACCGACGAUUUUUGGCAAAUGAUCUUCGAAGAAAAAUGCACGUUGAUCAUCAUGUUAACCACUCUGGUAGAGAGGGGUAGGACCAAGUGUCACAAGUAUUGGCCCAGCGUUGGGGAAUGCCUGACUGUACAAAACACCACCGUAAAGUGCAUCAAGGAGGAGACGGAUCUGACCGGAAGCGUCGUCUAUAGGGAUUUCAUUCUGACGGAUGGCGACACCGAGGAGCUCAGAGAAAUCAAGCAUAUUCAGUACGUCGUUUGGCCGGAUCACGGUGUGCCUGCCUCACCAUCGGAGUUCCUGUCGUUCACCGACAUCGUUAGAGAAGCCAGAAAGGGCGACGCCCCAGUCGUCGUACAUUGCAGCGCCGGAAUCGGACGCACCGGCGUCCUUAUACUGAUGGACACGGCCUUGUGCCUGAUCGAAAACGAAGAACCCGUGUAUCCGUUGGAAAUCGUCAAAGUUAUGAGGGAACAAAGAGCCAUGAUGAUUCAAAAUGCUAGUCAAUAUAGGUUCGCUUGCGAAUGUGUCUACGCUGCCUUCAUGAGAAGGGCCCUGCAGUCCAAAAAGGAAGAGGUUGAAGAGAACGGAUGAUAAUGUUUUUUAAUCACAGUAAAGAGUAGUUCUGAAACUUUAUUAUAUUAAAAUAGAAUGUAUAAACACUGUCCAAAGAGCUCAAAGAUUAUAAGAAUCGUCCAUGAUGUAGAGGAAUGAGAUGAAUCAGGUUGUCGGAGGUAUCAAAUCAUAUGUUGUGAUAACAUCGGAUGGGCUAUCAUCAUAUUUUAACGCUCAAUGCAGUAUCAUGUCUUGGUCAUUCGAAGAAAUCACUUAUUGGAUGUUGCAAUUGGGUACAUUUUGAAAGUAGGCCAUCGAAAUAGUCAAAUUUCGCAUCUUUUAUCGGUAAAUCGUAAAUUCUGGUCACAAAGGUUAUUUUGUUGAUGUGAAACUUUGAAAAUGUCGGAAUUAUUCGGAAUGCAUAGACAUAUCAAUAAGAUGUGAUGGCUCCAUUCAAUAAUUUCAAUUUCCUCACCAACAGUUAAUAUUUUAAAUUUGGAGAAAUUAUUUUAUUUUUAGCAACACGCUGAACGCUUAUUUACGCAACACGCGCUUAUCCAUCCAUUUUGAACUUGGUUGAUUCAAAAUAAUUCAAGAAAAAAAUCCGUCCAAUCGCCGUCCAGGAUAUUUGUACUCAUUGGUCAGAUUUAAAAGUUCACAAUGAUGGAUUAAACUUCCAAAUUUAAUGAAAUAGAAUAUGUAAGAAGAGAUCGUUUCUUCAGGCUGAUUUGCCUUAACAACCCAUAAAAAAUGAAUUUCAUAAAUACCGAGACCAAAACACUACUCUUUUCUAACGAUGAGUUGAAUCUGUACUACCUACCCAAAGACAUAGAGAUAUGAACUGAGCAUUCUCUUUCCAUCUGCGCAUGAAAUACGGCCAAAAAAAGUGACAGGAAGAAAAUGAACAUCAGGCUAGCUAAUUGUCAUUUUCUAGAAUUUUGAUUGGUCCACACUCACGUCCAUGUCAACAGAAACAGAAGAGACAGGUCUUGGCCUGACGAUCAUUUCUCUCUUUCUAUAAAAUAGCCAAUUUCAUACUGGUAUUGCUCAGUCCAUGUCUCUAUGUCUAUGUACCUACCCCUGUUUCUGGGUAUAACCUCAUUCUUGUCAGUUUUUUCGAACUAACUUAUAUUUGUUUAAAUUUGCUCUUCCUUUCCGAUGUUACCAGAAUAUUAUGCCGUUAUUACUAAUUCGUAAAUUUAUGAUCUAUUUUCAGUGGAAAUUCUUAUUCUUCUCAUCAAUCCUGAACAUAUUUUGAAUAUUCAAAUGUGGUGAAUUUUAUUCCUUCUUUUUUUUAAAUGUCUCGAGCUCAGUCAUUUUUAUCCAUACUUUGUAUUUUCGUCCCAAAAACUAAUAGUUUAUGUGUAGUUGGAAUGAUAAUUUUUUAUGCUUUUAGUAUUAAUAGAUUGUCCCGAAAAUUGAUGGAGGUAGCUUUUAUAAAAUUAUGUACAAAUAUCAAUGAUUGUGAGUGUAACGAUAUUGUGACAAUUUUGCGUUUUUGCAAGACUGACUGACCUACUUUUGCUAGUUUAGUGCCAUAGAUAGUCCUGGCCUAUUAAUCGUUGUUGAUUUUAAGGUAUUUUAAUUCAUAAGUGACGAAAAAAUUCACAUUUGACCAUCCAAAAAGAAUAGAAACGAAAAUGAUAGAUAUUUUAUGAGAUAAAUUUUUAUUUUAUGAAUAACAUUAUACAGAUACGAAUAUAGAAUAAUAAACUAUU